AUGUUUCCCGCUUUGCAUAAAAAGUUUAUCAUCUUCACGCCGUCACUCGCCUCAGCAUUCCCGCAAGCCACCUCAACACAGCUUAGCACGACAACGACCCAGACUUCGACCGCGCUGUCUCUGCCGACGGUCCUGCAAGUCCUCGUCCCGCAAUGCGCACAGAGCUGUUUCCAGUCGAUCCUGUUCGAUCAGUGGCCUUUGGGUUGUGCGAGUUCAGGUGAUCUGGAGUGUCUGUGCUCCCAGUAUAGCACCACUGGGCUUACCUUGGGAGAAGCGGCUUAUGGCUGCGCCUUCACCUCGUGUUCCUCAUCGGUUUCCGGCCUGGCAGCGACGUACGGCAUAUGUUCCGAUCAGGACGGCGCUGUGGCACCUACGCACAGCACGUUAACGUUCACGGCUCACACCACGAGCACUACUGCAUCGGCUGCAUCGUCGACUCUGAUCAGCAGCUCCACUCAUGGCACGAAUACGACGAGCACGCGGAGCUCUUCGACCUCGUCCACUUCAUCGUCGCGCACUAGCUCCCGCUCGACCUUGGAAACGUCUACGACGGCCGCGUCCACCACUUCUGGGGCGGCGUCCACGACUUCUGAGGCGGCGUCGACCACCUCUGAGGCCGCGUCAUCCACCACUUCCCAGUCCUCGGCCUCUUCCUCGGCUGCGGCGGCUGCGGCAGCAUCGUCAUCGGACCAUGGCAGUGGACUGAGCACCGCUCAGAUCGUCGGCAUUUCUGUGGCCAGUGUUGCGGCAGUUGUCUUGGCAGCGGGUGUGCUGUUCGUGCUCGCCUGCCUGCGCAAACGCGACAGGAAGAAAGAGGAGGAAGUCGCCGAGAAGCAGGGAAUGUCAGCCUUCGCAUUGACGCCGCCAUCGCACGACAGUGUCGCCAUGUCCCCGUCUGCCAUGGCACAGUUCCCAUCUCCCCCACGCGAUCGCAGGGAUCCGCGCGGCGGGACAGGCGUUGGCACCGGUGGAAUGACCAACCCGCAGGUGAGAGUCGUCGAUCCGUCUCCGCCGCGGCACCAGCGGACCCCGACGCCGCUGGAGAGCAUCGGCCUUGCCAUCACUGAGGACUCGCCAGCCGCGAGCUUCUCGAGCGACAGAACUCGGCUCCUGCCAGACAAACCGCAGCCGGUGCAUCCCCGCAAGCCUCUGCCUGUGCAGAAGUCUCCGGUGCCUACUUCGAUGCCCUUCAUUGAGAAGAAGAAGAAGAAGCAGAGGGACAGCUCGAUGAGUCAGGGCACCCUCUUUGAGGAGGACACCGCCGUGCGCAAGUCCAUGUAUCCGGUACGAGCGGUGCAGGUUCCCCCGCGCCAAGAUGCACCCGCCAAGGUUCCGCCCGUCAGGCCCUACAGACCUCCGCCGAGCUUUGCAGACGCAUACACGGAAAGCCCAGUAGAAAGUGCUCGGCAGCCGUCAUUGUCUCUCGCGAUUCCUCCUCAGGGACGCCAAAUCACACGCCAGCCGACUCCUUCUCCCCCGCCAAUUCCGUCUCCGUUAAGGAUCGGAGUAGCAAGACCGCCUAAUGUAGCUAAACCGCCGCUGCCAUUGUACCAUCCGCCCGCGGCACUGCCUGCGGCGCUUCCGCCAGCUCCACACAGCGGCAGCGCUUCGAGCGGCAGCACCAAGUUCACCGGUACCAACUCCACCGCCAGCUCAUCUUACAUCCCGGCGUAUUAUACCAGCCCGCCGACGAGCAUUAUGCAAACGCCGCCCGAGAGCUACACCGGCUUCACCGGGCCGCAGCAGCCUCCGCAGGCUGGUGCUGCUCCUCCGGUAUUCCUCGGCCAGCCCUCGUCUGCUUCGCGCCCGUCUCCACAACGGCAAGCUCAGACCAAUGCGACGGCCCCACAGCCCAUGCACAUGCACCAAACGCCUGCUGCUGUUUCUGCUGUCGCCCAGAACCGGGGAGUGCCGCCCCAGCCGUCUUUCGCGCAUCUUCCCGGGGGAACGACUGGCCAGCAAGCGCCGGCGCCGCUGCAGGGCUCGCAAGCGAACCCACCCGCCCUGCGUCAACAGCCCCCACCACAACCAGCUGUCGGUCAAGCUGUUCCUGCUGCUGUUCGUCAUGAUCACCAGCAGCAACAGGAUCAGAGGCGUCAAGCACCACCGCCUGUUCCCAGCGCUGCCAAUCAUCGCAACGGCCCGCUCCCUCCUCCGUCAUGGGCGUCAUCGACGCCGUCGUCGUCGACCGGACAACCCACUGCCAACCAGGGCAGCCAAUACCACGCCUACAGGCCCCCACUCCCGCCUCAACCCCGGAGCCCGCCUCGUCCACCCCGCCAAACGGCACGUCCACCGCUCGUCAAGGGUCCGCAGCGCUCCACGUCGAGCGCGUCGAUGACGUCCUUCGAGAGCGCGUCUCCAGGUGACCCGAGCCCGCCGGCCGAGGAAGAGUCCGACACGUCGGCGAAGCAAUUGGGAGGCGAUAGUGGAAGCCACAGCCAUCAUCCUCACGCGACCGUCACGGCACCGGCGUCAUCGUCCACACUGAGGCUGAACACCACGCCGCCACAGCAGCACAGUGACCGCAGCAGUGUGGAAGACAAGAGCCCAAUCUCGGAUAUCAAGUAUCCCAAGGUACCUCGCGCGAGCAAUCAAGCGGUACCGAGAAGCAGUCCGAAUGCUGGACCGAGAACGGCGACGCCCAGUCCUCGCGUGAAGCAACACGAAGGCGAUGGCGAUGUGGGAGGCAGCACCGGUUCACCCAAGGGAGGGUUGCAGGCACGUCGCGGCCGCGACGGGAACGGCCUGUUGAUCAUCGACAGCGGCGCGAGCACGCCGUCACCGCCCAGGGCCAACAACGGUCGUAAGACUACCCCGACGAAAAAGGCGGCUGGCGGCAGAAGUCCGCACACGCCGCAGGGGCAGAUCAUCAGGGGCGACGGUGCGCAGCAGCUCGACCACGACCCGGACCAGGCUCGCAAGAGCAGCGCCGCGCUGCCGCCCGAGCAGCAGCUUCCGAGCUGGCCGGGGCACGAAGGAGGUGGUCAGGGUGAUGUCGCCAUCAAGACCCCCAUGUGGGCGCCAAAGUUGACGCCGACCCGGCACGGAGACAACAUGUACCUCGCGGUGGCGUAUGCCAAGAAGGAGGGCAUCUCUGAGUAA